AGACGGCGGAUUGCACGAGCGAGUGGCCGUUAGGUGUGCUCGAACACUGGGGGUGCGGGCUCCGGCGACGACGCGUGGGCGAGGUCCUGGCCCGAGGCACAGCCGCGCCGUCUAAGACCAGAGACACGUCAAGGCAGCCGCCGCUCCUGUAGGCCCGUGACAGAGUCGAGGUCGACGGUGACGCCUCCUCCCCCGCUGUUUGCCAGCACAGGAUCAACUGAAGUGGCACCAUGUUUUCUCGUAUGUUCCUCAAGCAGGCCGUGAUACCCUUCACUGUGGGGGCAUGGAGCUUUUCUUCUCAUGGCGGCCAAGGGAAGAGCAAAGAUGGCAAGGUUGAUCAGGUGACCCUUGACAAGCUGGAGGCAGACUUCAAGAAGCUCCAAGGUGCCAGCAAUUGCCACUCCCUGCUGAAGAAGUACCUCACAAAGGAUGUCUUUGACAAGCUCAAGACUCGCAAAACUGCCAUGGGUGCCACGCUUUUGGAUGUCAUUCAGUCUGGCGUGGAGAACCUGGACAGCGGCGUAGGCGUGUACGCACCAGACGCCGAGUCUUACACGGUCUUUGCUGAGCUGUUUGACCCGGUGAUCGAUGACUACCACAAGGGCUUCCCUCCUGGCACCAAGCACCCGCCCACGGACUUUGGCGACAUCAACACACUGGUCAACGUGGACCCCAGGAACGAGUUUGUCAUCUCCACCAGGGUGCGCUGUGGACGCUCGCUGCAGGGUUACCCAUUCAACCCGUGCCUGACCGAGGCCGAGUACAAAGAAAUGGAGAAGAAGGUCAGCUCGACGCUCACCUCUCUUCGUGGAGAGCUCAAGGGCACCUACUACCCCCUGACGGGAAUGAGCAAGAAGGUGCAGCAGCAGCUCAUUGACGAUCACUUUCUGUUCAAGGAAGGAGACCGCUUCCUGCAGGCGGCCAAUGCCUGUCGCUUCUGGCCCAUCGGACGAGGCAUCUACCACAACGAUGCCAAGACCUUCCUCGUGUGGGUCAACGAGGAGGACCACCUGCGAAUAAUCUCCAUGCAGAAGGGUGGGGACCUGAAGGAGGUGUAUGGUCGCCUGGUUAAAGCGGUGAAGGAGAUAGAGAAGAAGUUGCCCUUCGCGCGGGACGACCGCUUCGGGUACCUGACCUUCUGCCCCACCAAUCUGGGAACCACUAUUCGUGCGAGCGUGCAUAUCAAGUUGCCCAAGCUUGCCGCCAAUAAGCAGAAGCUGGAGAAAAUUGCUGCCAAGUACAACCUACAAGUUCGAGGUACUCGGGGCGAGCACACCGAGAGUGAAGGUGGUGUCUACGACAUAUCAAACAAGCGUCGCCUCGGCCUCACGGAGUACCAGGCGGUCAGGGAGAUGCAGGAUGGAAUCCUCGAACUGAUCAAGCUGGAAAAGGAGUCCUAGGACUGCUGCUCUUAACUAGAGAGGAGCAAAUGGUGCAGCGUUUGUACUGAAAUUCGCGCAACUGCACAACGCACAAAUUUAUUGUAAAUAGAUACACAGUACUCAAGAAGACUGAA